AUGGAUCAUGUUUCUGUCAAAAGACUCAAACUCUUCAAGAAUAAACUAGUAUCCUAUUCGCCAUCGCCAUCGCCAUCUUGGGAGCUUCUUUUUCUAGUGGCUCGGUAUCUAGACCCUAAAUCCCUUGCUACUGCUUCUUGUGUGUCCAAAUCAUGGCUGGAGUCAUUCUCCUCUGAGGAUAUUUGGCGGUCGAUAUGCUCUGCUCACUACCCUUCUGUCUACAACCUCAAACACGUAGACCCAGCUGUCUCUUGCCACCGCCUUUACGGUAUUGCCUCCACGGCAGCCUCCAAGCUCCAGCUUCAAAAGCCAAUAAAACCCCACCUGCCCCUAAAUGACCUCCUCUUCGUCAUCAAUGCAAGGACCGGAGAGUCUUCCACUUUAUUCACCCUAUCCAAACCAUGCGAUGAACUCCAGGUAGAUCCUAAUGGGAUAUUCAAGUUCGCUGUCGACGUAGAUCUUGAGUCUUCACUGAAAAAAGAAGCGAUACGGGAGAUAAAAGUCACAUGGAACGUUGUGUUGAGAGGUUGGAAAGCUGUAUUUAAUAUGAUGGAAUCUUGUAGUGGAAAGGCCAGCCUUGUUCCGGAGGCAGAAGACUUGUUUUCCAAGGAGCUUCCAUUGCCGGGGUGUUGCUCAAACAUGGUCACCGCGAGCAGCCUUGUUGCUGAGAUAAAGUUGGGAUUUUGCAGUGAGAAUUGUAUUGAUGAGGAGGAGGGUAUAGAGGAUGACGGCAAGUUCAAGAGAGGAAAGUUGAGUUUGGCCAUCAUGAAUACAAAACAUUGGAGGUACCUAAGCAUGGAUGAUGCUCAGAGACAUUUGCAGCACUUUUUGCUGCCUUGCGAUGCCUAA